UGCGGCACCGAUGACUGUAUCAAGACACCCAUUGUCGUUGACUGCUCCACCCGUGGCGCCGCUCAGCUCAUCUUGGCGCAUCCGUCUCGUCAGCACAGUAAGCUCCGUAUGCUUCGAAUGACCAACGAAUUCUUGGAGCAAAUCCCGUUGCAUAAUGUAGGCUACGAAGGUAGGUCGUCGUCUCAUUGUAUCGCUGGUCUGUUUCGCGCUCGCUACAACCUUUUUCAUUUUACGUUCAAUGCAGUCUCCGAAGCUGCAAGCGGAUACCGCGCCCUUCCGUCUUCUUAAUCUUCCAGCAGAAAUAUGGACGCAAAUCAUCGCCCUCGCUGUCAUCUACAAGGACCCAAUAACUAUCACCCGCAGUAGCAGAGUCAAAGAUCAACAAGAACUUGUCCGACAACCAGCCAUAACCCGCACAUGCCGCGUGCUCCGCCUUGAAGCGCUUCCACUUUUCUACCGCCACAAUACUUUCGAAGGCUGGCAUGUUCAUCAUGUCCAGUGCCCACGGGACUGGCUGGUGGCUAUUGGAGAUGCUAAUCGGAAGGCAAUGGGAAGCUUCAGGUUCUGUGCGCAGUUCUCUGCCUCAUUCUGGGAGGGCAAGUUUGCGAGAAUGGGUGUGAAGGUCGUUGUUGAGGAGUGUGGGAGCUGCACUCAGCCUGUUUGUCAGAAGGAGAAGGAUGCGAACUUACAUGGCUUGAAGGAUAUGAUUGUCAGGUUUGUCUAAUUUUCUAUGAACUCUAAAUUUCCGCGCCAGAGUUGUUGCUCUACUCGCUUCCAGAACUACUAUACUGCUUGACUAGGAAAUACUCGCGGCGGUAGUGCUCUUCUUUGCCACUGUUGCCACGCCAGUGGUCUCCCCUCUGUAAGCUCAUGCAUUGCUUCGGCAGUGAUCUUCUGGCCAGUAUUCUCCGCAGCCCGCUGUUGCUUCGUCUGCUGUGCUUCGCCAGUGG